AUGGCACCUUUAGCUACAAUGAUCUUGGCUGGACCAGCUUUAUUACUGGAAGGUUCUGGGGUUAUGGAAUGGUUUAACACUUGUCCCUCUCUCGGCUCGUCCCUUAUAAUUAUUUUCAGCUCCGGAGUGUUGGCUUUCUGCCUUAACUUCUCUAUCUUUUACGUGAUUCACUCCACAACUGCAGUUACAUUUAACGUAGCUGGAAAUCUUAAGGUUGCAGUCGCUGUUACUUGUUCAUGGCUAAUAUUUCGAAAUCCUAUCUCCAUUAUGAAUGCUGUUGGAUGUGCUGUGACACUUGUGGGAUGUACAUUCUACGGGUAUGUGAGGCACAUGCUCGCGCAACAGCCUCCAGGAACUCCUCGUACACCCCGGACUCCACACAGCCGCAUGGAGCUGCUUCCUCUUGUAAACGAUAAAUUGGAGGAUAAGGUUUAG